UCGCGACGUCAGUAGAGCGCCGCGCUAUCGACCACCACCACGAGACCAUCGUUGUCGUCGUCGUCGUCGUCAUCGUCGUCGUCGUCGUCGUCGUCGUUCGCCGUCUUCGUCCUCUUCGGAAUUGUCGUCCUUAAUCAUUUCUCUCGUGUCGAUCGUUCUCGUUCUCAUCAUCAGUAGCAAACGAUCGGUUCAUCGCGUAACGUCGUUCGUCGUUAAAGUCGAAGGAAAUAUUUUCUCUGGCCAAUAACAAAUAUAAACUUAGACCGGGAAAUUCCUCGUGUAUCGUACCGGUCGGCACGUAGUCGCGAUAAAAAGUGGCAGGAGUAAGAAGGAAAGUGGCAGGAUCGAAAGUGGAGUCGUGGUACGGUGGAAGACGGUGCGAUCAGGCAGGGAUCAAGAUUUCGAUCAACCUGUUCGAGCCGGUGCCACGAGGAUCCUGCGGCUACGGGCCGCUGCGUGCACGCGCCUCCUCCGUGGGCUCGCGCCUGAUCCUCAAGAGCACCGCCGCCGCUAGUAGUAGUAGUAGUAGUAGUAGUAGUAGUAGUAGUAGUAGUAGUAGCGGUAGCAGUAGUACUAGUAGUAGUACUAGCAGCGGCAGCAGUAGCACCAGUGGUACUAUCACCACCGACAGAAACGCGGAUUCCUAUCGCGCGAACGCGGUUCAUGCGUGCGUAAGUGGAUACUUGCUCGAGUGCCAGCAGUCCUCCUCUAACUACAGCCACGAGCCACCCCGUGUGAGACCCAAUGACUGUCCAUCCAGGGACCACGGGACACACAUGUUCGUUAUAAGUCGAGCCGUUGAAUAAGUUUUCGAUGGCUUUCCGCCGAGGGUCAAGACGUUUCCACCCUCAAAGAAGGCGGCAUCCUCGGAGAGGAUAAAUAUCCGAGUCAAGAGGCAAGCCGGAAUUUUGUGUUGAUUCUUCGGUGAUUCGCGAGGUGCAAGCUCGUCGAGGUGCUACGUAGAAAAAGAGAGAGAGAGAGAGAGAGAGAAAACGUUCUUUCAGAGUGCUUGCAAAGGGAAAAAGAAAGGAAAAGAGAAAGAGAGAGAGAUAGAGACGGAGAGAAAGAAAGAGAAAAGAGAGGGAGAGGGAGAGAGUGGAUCGGAUAUUUGUGGAAAUUUGUGGAAAUUUGUUGGUGAGUGUGUGAAAAGAUAGGAGGAAGUGAGAGCUUUUCGUGAGGAUAAGAGAGUGUACGAGAUAGCAGAGAAAGAAGAAGAAGAAGAAGAAGAAGAAGAAGUAGCGGGAAACGCGUGGCUAGAUGCGUGGAAUUUGAAAGCAGCAACCCACAGGCCAGCCCGACGCAAUGCGUCGACGCUGCUGACGCAACGCGCCUGGAUGCGUCUCACUUUGAGCACGUUACCACAGCUUGCCGUUUUAGCGAAGAUUUUGUGCCUCCUGAUGGUGGUGAUGUGCGGGGCGGUACCGGCGAUGGUGCGCUCCGUGAGUCUCUACUCGACUUGCAGCAGCGGCAAUGUUACCGUAAUGGGCCGCUCGAUCAAGGCCGUGGGACGCAGCGAUGACAAUGCACCCUACCAGAAGCUCACGACACAGUCCGAGGACUUCAGUAGGAAGCUGUACAUCUUCGCGGAGAAGAGCCAACGAUACAUUUGCUUCAACAAGCGGUGGAAACUCGUCGGCCUGCCGAAGAAACAGAAGGGUCCGAUGUGCCAGUUCUAUGAGGUCUACAACGGUUCGUACCUGAGGUACAGGAGCGUGGCCGACAGUACGCGAUACCUCGGUUUCAACAAGCUCGGCAAACCGAUGAAGAAUCCCCAUGGUAGACAGGAAUGUUUCAACUUCAUCAAGUACAAUCCUCAUGCCGACAUAAACUACCACAACAACCUGGUGAAUGCGGAUAUGGGUGGUAUGGAGCCGAGAGAACCUUACGUGGUAUCGAGGAAGCCUUCACCGAUGAGGGCGACGAAGAACUCGCUGAUACAAGCCGACAGUAGUGGUGCGAGGCAGCAACAGCAGCAACAGCACCAUCAUCAGCAACAACAGCAACAACAACAACAGCAGCAGCAACAGCAACAGCAACAACAGCAUCCAGCGGGGCACACGACGACGCAUCGUCAUCGGCACUCGAAUCGUUGGAAGAUGCGACAGGACGAAGAGGAACACUCGGCGAUGCCACGAAGACGGCACGAGAGUCGUCUACUCGUCGAGGCCAGCAAGUAUUGAGCCGGAAAAGCGUUGGCUCGCCGAUCAAGACUGCCUCCUUAAUCCACACAUGCAAACACAUAAACGAACGAACGAAACCGCGUACACGAUUAAUACACAAAGCCUUACACAGAAGAUAUCACAGGGAGACAUAUACACGAAGACACGAAUACAAGAAACA